AUGGCUGCUUCGCGAUCCAAUUCUGUGGAGAACGGCCUCAAGGUUGAAAAGCCUGGUGAUGUUUUCAUCGAGAGAUCUGAGGAUAUCAAUGCUUUGGAAGAUCCCGAUGCCGGCAAGAGUGAUGAGGAGAGAGCUGCCAUCGAUCGCAAGCUGAUGUGGAAGGUCGAUCUCUGGCUUAUACCAUGGCUAUGUUUACUGUAUUUGUUGAGCUUCUUGGACCGUACAAAUAUCGGCAAUGCACGUCUUGCAGGACUUGAGACAGAUCUCGAGAUGGUUGGACACGAUUACAACAACUCAUUGACCAUUUUCUUUAUCAGCUACGCUCUUGCUGAGCCAUUGACGAACGUCAUGCUUAAACGACUUACUCCUCGCUAUUUCUUCACUGGUAUCAUACUUUCUUGGGGCGUCAUUAUGGCAUUGAUGGGUUUGGUUACCAAUUACUCCGGUCUACUGGCCUGCCGCUUCUUCCUAGGACUUGCUGAAGCUGGCUUGUUUCCUGGCGUUAACUACUAUCUCAGCUGCUGGUAUAAGCGCAGCGAAAUCGGUGUUCGUGCCGCCGCAUUUUUCUCAGCCGCUGCUCUUGCAGGAUCUUUCGGCGGCUUGUUAGCUGCGGCGAUCGCACGGAUGGACGGCAUAGGUGGAAAACCUGGCUGGGCCUGGAUCUUUAUUAUAGAGGGAGUGGCCACGGUGUUCGUGGGCCUUGCGUGUUGGUGGAUGGUUUUCGACUGGCCAGAUACUGCUACAUUCCUUACUCCUGAGGAUAGAAUCCGCUUGCGACGCCGCCUUGCCGCAGACAACCAGGCUUCGACUCAUGAGGAGUACGACAAACGUCAUAUUUAUGCCGCUCUGACAGACUGGAAGACCUGGCUUUACGCAUAUAUCUACAUGGGCUGCCUAAUCCCUCUGUACGCAUUCUCACUUUUCCUACCCACGAUUCUACGUGGUAUGGGUUACACGGGAACACACGCGCAACUUCUCUCGGUCCCACCUUAUGCCUGUGCAGCUGUGUUGACUAUCACCAUCGGCUGGCUCGCAGACCGAAGCCGUCUCCGAGGAUACUUCAGCAUGGGAAUAUCUUGCCUUGCUAUUAUUGGCUUUUGCAUGCUCAUCGGCUCAACCAACCCCAAGAUCCAGUAUGCAGGAACCUUUCUUGGCGCUAUGGGUAUCUACCCGUGCAUUCCCAACACCCUUGCGUGGGUUGCCAACAACGUUGAUGGCGUCUAUAAGCGUGGAGUCGUCCUAGGAAUAGUGGUUGGCUGGGGCAAUCUCAAUGGUAUUGUCUCAUCGAACAUUUACCUCAAGACCGAAGCACCACAUUUCUACACUGGUCACGGAGUCGUCCUCGCGGCGUUGACCUUGUGCCUGUUGGGCGGUACUAUUGCUAUGCAUGUUCUCUUGAGAAUCGAGAACCGCAAGAGACUGUCUGGAGCCAGAGACAAUAUGCACGAGGGCAAGACUCCGGAGCAAGUCUGGGUUUGUGGUGACAAGAGACCUGAUUUCAUUUACACUCUCUGA